AAAGAUGAAUCGGCCAACAACGGUAACCACGACAACAACAAGGCCAAAAAAGAAGCAUGGCUGCCCGAGGGAGAGCUCCUACUACAGUCUCUCUCUCUGUCUCUCUCUCUCUCUAUGAGUGUGUGUGUGUGUUGGAGUGUGAAAUAUGCAGUGGUACAUAUUUGAUAUUAAUGUUAUCUGACUGCACUCCCCCGGCCCUUGAGAGCCCCGUGUGAGCUGUUCUGCCGACAAACAAGGCGAAAUAUUUAUAUUGAGCGCUGCAGCUCGACUAUGUUUUCUGAGUGUGUUUAGACCACUUGUGUGUACGCGCGCGCGAGAUUACUAUAAUCACAGCUCGCAGACCAGCAGAUGGUGAUGGGUUGUAAAAUCCCCUCACACAGAACCACACACAACACAAGUUUGAACACACGCAAAAUGUUUAUACACGUCAUGAAAUUGACACUAUUAACCUCUUAAUAUCUUCAUUCUAUAAAGCGAUGCCUAUGCCUGUUUAAUGAGGUCAUGUUUUUUAUAAUACUUAAAUACAUUAAUGUAUAUUUAUAGGGUCUAAAACAUUCUGUCAAGCACUGAAUACGAUGUGAUGUUUACAAGAUUAAAUUCAUGCAUUUUGAAACAUGUUUUUAUACCUGUAUAGAUGAAUUUUUGCCUUCAGAAAUUUUACAGGGCUGAACAUCGUGAAGACAUUUCUUAAAAAAUAUGAUUGCAAGUGUUUAUACAAAUGUUCGCUUUUUAAUUAUUAAUUGCUUUUUAUCAAAGUAUCUGUUCAUCUUUAAAAUGCUUUUUUUAGGAAAUAUAUUACUAUUAAUUUAAUCAAAUUGUGAAAGUCUAAAAGCAGUGAUUUUUGUGAACUUUUAUUUUAUUUUGGCCUAAAUCCUCACAUGGAACAUGGAUUUUGCACAAGCAUCUACAUUUCUGAUCUCUAAAAUGCAGUCAUAUCUUUUCCAAAUGCCAUGACACAGGCUGGCCAUAAACCAAAGCCUAUUGGCUAUUUAAAAAAUGCCUUUUUAUAGGCCCCGCCCCUACAUCCUGUUUCAAUAGGAAGUACAUGAAGAGAGUAAGAGAAACCCCAUUUGCCAAACUUUUCAUGGGAUUGUCAAACUGUCUGUUGACGAUAAAAAACAUUCUGUAUCUGUUCUCUCCAAUUAUUUGUUUGUUUGUUUAUGGCAAUAGGCUCUUAAUGGCUUUGUGUUGGUAGUCACCUCUGAAGGAAUCAUGUUCUACUGUUCUCACACCAUCCAGGAUUAUUUAGGGUUUCACCAGACCGAUGUGAUGCAUCAGAAUGUGAUUGAACUCAUCCAUACUGAGGACCAGCAGUCCUUCAGACGUAACCUGCACUGGGCCCUGAACCGUCCGCCGGUCAACACCCAGACCGAGGACAGCUUGCAAGAUGGAGAACCUGUCCCAAGUAUGUCUCUGACGUGCAGCCCUGAAGAACUUCCCCCUGAAAACUCGUCUUUCCUCGAGAGAAUCUUUGUGUGUCGAUUCCGUUGCCUCCUAGACAACUCCUCAGGAUUCCUGGCUCUAAAUCUCCAAGGACGUCUGAAAUUUCUACAUGGACAAAACCGACACAUGGACGACGGAGGACAGAUGCCCCCCCAGCUCGCCUUGUUCGCCAUAGCUACGCCCCUACAGCCUCCCUCCAUAAUGGAGAUCAGAACCAAGAACAUGAUCUUCAGAACCAAACACAAGCUGGACUUCACCCCAAUGGCCUGUGAUGCAAAGGGUAAAAUCGUUCUUGGCUACACAGAGGCGGAGUUGAGGGUUCGUGGGACUGGGUACCAGUUUAUCCAUGCUGCCGAUAUGCUCUACUGUGCCGAGAACCAUGUCAGAAUGAUCAAAACUGGGGAAAGUGGUCUGACUGUCUUCAGAUUGCUAACAAAGGACAACCGUUGGAAAUGGGUACAAGCUAACGCUAGACUGGUCUACAAGAACGGCAAACCUGACUACAUCAUUGCCACUCAGAGACCUCUUGUGGAAGAAGAGGGUGGCGAGCAUCUAAGAAAGCGUUCCAUGCAUCUUCCCUUUACCUUUGCCACUGGAGAGGCUCUGCUGUACCAAAUCAGCUACCCCAUGCCAGGCUUCCCUGACACCCUUCAGGGUAAAGGAAAGAGUAGCAAAACCAAAAAGAGCAAGGGAGACAGAAGUUCGAAAGAUGACGUGGACCCCAGCUCUCUGCUCGGAGCCAUGAUGAGACAAGACGAGUCUGUUUACGUUUGCCAGCCUGCAAUGGAGCCCCGAAUGUCUUUACACAGUAGCCUCCUCAGCGGGCAGGGAAACCCUAGCACUUUCUCUUCUUCUGCAGGUAAUGAUAUCUGGAGUUCAACGCAGAAUGGUGUAGUCGACUGCUCCAAACAAGAGCCCUCAAGUUUUGACCCCCUUCUGGCCACGUUAGACUCUUUGUCCCUGGAGAAUGAAGAGAGCUGCUCCAACACAGAGCUGUUUAACGCCCUGGAAAACCACGGACUCAAUGCAGAGGAUCUAGAGUUACUACUUCUGGAUGAGAGGAUGAUCCAAGUGGACAUGGAAGCGGAUUACAUCCCAUCUCUUAAUGAUCUUCUCACCAACAAUGAAAUCCUUUCUUACGUCCACAAUUCACUGGAGAACCGUAUUGAGGACAGGGCAGGUGGUGGCAGUGAUUUUUCAAUGCCUGCCCCUGCAGUUGAUUCUCUUGAACCUUCCAAGCCAUGUUCUGCUUCCAAGUCGGCUACUGAAGUUACUCCCUCCAUGUCCGCUCCGUACACACCUUUCUGGCCACAGAAACUUCCAGCACCCAUAGUUCAGCUCUCACAGCAGAUGCAACAACACCUCAACGGACAGUCUGUUUAUCACAAAACCAACUGGAUCCCUGCUCCGAUGCCUCCGGUCUCUGAAACUGAGACACCUUCGGCCUUUCUUACCCAGGAUAACACAAUGUUGGGUGUCCACAACAGUCACUGGGUCCCUGAAAACACACAAACCAACUUAAACAAGUUGUCUACACUUGAUGACAAAAUAACAGGACAAAACCUAUUCCACUAUAAACAGAAGACUGUUGAGGGUGGACAUGCGUCUACAAACAGGAUCUACACUGACCCCCAAUGUCACGGAUACAACUGCACAGACCAAGUGGACUUUAGCACAAACGGACCUUGUUUUCCCAAUGGCCAAACCCCACAUAUAAACAGCGCAAUAGGAAAUCAUAUGGACUAUGAUAUGGCCAAUGGAUCAGGGGUGAAGCUUAACCUAAACAGCAAUUCAGAUGGAGACAUCGGGCAGUUUCAGGGAGUCAUGGAGUCGUCUUCGUCCUAUCAGCGGGAUUAUGAAAAAGAGCAGCAGCCAAAGGUCCCAAAUACUUAUUACACCUCCUUUACCAAACAGAAUUCCUCACUGGAGCAUAUUCUGGGAUUAACCGCACCUCAAACCUUUCCUUCGUUGACAAAUUACGGACCUAAUCUGACUCAUGAGACCACUCACAGUAAGAUGGAGACCAGCUUCAUACUCAACUCCACUAGUGUAGCGUACACAGGAAGCUGUCUGAUUCCCAACGGCAACGCAACGGCCACAUCCGGCAACAGUCCCUGCCCACUUUCUGAGCCCCUCCCACCUACACCAGACCCUCAGACCACUGGGGUCUACCUAUGAUCCGUCCGAACAGAUGCUGUCCAUCACGAUAAAACUGUGAGACAAAAAAGAAAAGUACAGAUACGAUCAUUUUAGUUUUAUUUCUUGAAUCAUAUUUAUGUUCAAUGAGCCAGAUCCAUCACUGGAAUAUCAAACCAGUUGAAACUCACCCAAUAUAAUGUGAUAGCACUCGAUGAGUAUGUUUGGAUUAUUUCAUUAAUGUUAUAGAUUACUGAUGCUUUGUAAGAGUAGCAAAGAUCUCAGGUUGACAGAUGCAGUUAAACAUGAUUCAAGAUGGUCAUUCUCUAAGAAGUGUACGUUUAUGCGCGUGUGCGUAUUGUUGUCCGCCAUUUAUUGACUUAUUCAUAAAACCACAAGCAGAACUAUUGUUGUGUGUAAAGCAUUUGCGAAACCAACGCAAAACAUGCACUGCAAGAAUUUAUGUAAGAACGAAACAGUAUAAGAAAAGCUCAAAUUGUUCUGCUCUUGUCUCUAUGAAUGAGACUCAUUGUCUGUACUUCAUGUCAUGAGCGUGUGCAGUAUAUAGCACUGAUGAAACAGAUUGUUCCGAACCGCAGUAAAUAAUACCGAUGUGUAAAAAAAGUUGAGAUGCGUAUUUAUUAAUGAAAACGAGAGUUAUGUUUAUUUGACAUCAUAAAUGACGAUUUAAGGAAAAAAGAUAAAAAUAAUAAUAAAGCAGUAAAAAUUACAUUUGCAUUUGACAGAUGCUUUUAUCCAAAGUGCAUUCAGGCGAAGUUUUUUUGGACUGUAUGUUCUCACUGGGAUUCAAACCCAUGACCUUGGCGUUGCUUGCGCUAUUCUGUACCGGUCGAGUAUUGGUCUAUUCGAUCUAUUACAUUUUAUGAGGUUAGACUCGUUAGACUAGACGAUUAUGUGGGAUUCCCGAACCAACCCAGUUUCAGGUCAAACUAAUUUGUUCAAUUUAACCAAUUUGUAAAAUAGCUACAAGUCACCUUGUACGUUUAUUGAUUUUAAGUUGAUUUAAUUGGCUCAUUAGUUUGUCUCAAUGAGAGUAAAAGUCACAAUAUGUACAAUUUUUCCCGAUUCAUACCUGAAUGAUUUACCUAAAGGCUUGUACGCAACGUAUCAGCAAUGCAUUUCAAAAACUAGUUGAAAAGAAGGGUUUGUACUGAAUGUGUUGAGUAAAUUGUCAAGCAGUUGAAAAAAGAAAAAUAACAUUUCAUGGGGUUGCUGCAAGGUGUUUUCUUAAUAAUAUUGUUCAUUGUUAUAGUAUUAUGAGGUCACAGAGAAAUUUAUUUCAAAAUCUGCCUCUGUUUUUUGUUUUUGAUAAAUAUACUGUAUUUAUAGACAUUUCUAUCAAAUGUACUGUAACAACAGCUCACAUUGUAACUCUGGAAACUGUCUCUUGAAAACGUCUUUAACACGUACAUGACAAAACUAUAUUACAUUUACGUCAAAAAAAAAUGUUUAAGUACCAGUUUGUAAAUAGUCAAAGCUGUUUGAUAUUGUCAUAUUGUGGUGAGCACUAUUUUAAAGAGCACUGUGACCUACUUUACUUUAUCUCUGGCACUGGAGACAAGAGGGGUGUUUGGAGUAUUUCGGGGGGUAUUGUGUCCUGUGUGUAUGUUUUAAAAACCUUUUACACUUUAAAUGAAAAGAACAUGGUGCCAUACAUGGUUAACUUUACUUUUCAGCAUUUUAAAUGUUUUAUUGUUUGUGUUUGUGUGGGUUUUUUUUUAAAGCAAAUCACAUUUGGAUUUAUUUCAAUGUUCUAACUAACACUGAAAGUAGUGGAGAAGGCCGUUCUGUCCUCGUUGAAAUGUACAAUUUGGUCCUUUCAUUAAAGAAUUUGU